UGUAGAUGACCAUAAUCCUAAAGGAAUGCCCUAGACAAAAUAGAGAAAUAUAAACAAGAGGGAGGUAUUUUUAUCUUUAGAUGAUAUUUUAGUCAUUAAUUAAUUUAAUAAACUAUGGGAUAAGAAUAAUCGGUAAUUAUUUGGUUGUAAUCGUAGAAUCUGCCUUCAAAUAACUUGGUUGUUUAAUUGCAUAUGCAGAAUUACGAAAAGUUAACAAGAUUGAUAGAAUAGAAAUUAUCUGAUUAAACAUUCACAAUUGACAAAAGAAUAAAUCAAGUAUGAAAUAAUGGAUCUUCUAAUUAGAUGGAUGAUACUCUUCUCCACUAUGCGGCUUUUAAAAGAGAUAAAAAAUUAGUAUAAUAUUUGCUAUCAAAGGGGGCAUCUCCCCAUUGCAAGAACUCGGUAAGCAAAUUAAAUCGAUAUUCUAAGCGGAAUCUUACUCCUGGAGAUGUCACUGAUGACCAAGAAAUAAAAUUAAUGCUGGAGAGUAAAUGACAAUUUAAUGAAUCACAC